UAUUAUGGCUGGAUACAAGGCUACCUGUUGCUAUGUGGAGAAAGCAUUUUUGAAACAAAUCUUAAUUCAUUUUAAGGAAAUAGCAUUUGUUGCUAUGAUGCAAUCAACUUCAUGCACAGUGACUGAACAACAUGAGGCUACGACCUACGUGGGCUGUUAGUUGAGCACGUAAAACUGCCCAUAAAACAAAGUCAAUCAGCCAACCCUCUAAAUUAUUUGGUACCGUAUCUCUCAAAUUAUCUUCAUGUGGUGACGUCAGCUAGUAAGUGCGUACAUCAGCAGUCCUGAUCUGGAUUGCACACUGUCUUUACAGUUACAAUGUACUCAUUCUGACUUACCCAGUUCCACCAAUACAAAAUACAAGUUUCUCCAGGCAAUUCCAAAUGACAAGAUCUAGAGUGACCACUAACAAUGGAACAACACAAUCACUAGCACAUUGUAUUACAAGACAAGAAAUGUUUCCGUGAACAGUUCAUAUGAAAUACAAUAAUGGCUGCAGUCUCAUCACCAAUCACAGAUAACUUAAUAAUCGCAAAGGAUAUAUUGGCCAGCACAAGGCUACUUGCUUCAAAUGCAGUAUAAUAUAUAUAUAUGGAUUAACCAAAUUACUGAAAUAUCGUGUACAGUGUACAUUUUAUGCUCAGCCUGGUAUUAAACAAUCAAUACUUGAUGACCAUGAUUAAACCAUGAGAUGCACGUCAAUUGGUGAGAAAAAUGCAAGCAAACACGUCAUCAUACCGGUGUAUACUAACACAUCAGGUGAGCGGCACACACUGACUGAGCUGACUGUAUCAAGAUUCAUCCAAAAAGCCACGUUUCAACACACACAAUCAUGGCAGAGGCUGCAGAAACAUCACAGGAAAUACAGGUAGUGCCAGAAGAGCCAUCUGCAGAAAAGCCAACAGACAAUCCACAGGAAACAUCCCAGGAGACGCAGCAGCAGCCAAAGGCCUCAGGAGGAGCCAGUGGUGGACUAUUUGACCUGAUAAAGAUGCUCAAAGGCUCGGAGGGCAAGUCCAAGACCAAAGAAGCAAACGGAGAACCUGACAAGUACUCAAAGAAGAUGCUUGAAAAGAGUCGGGCAAAGAAGAAGAAGCAAGAGAAAGCAGCUGCAGAGGCUGCAGCAGGAAAGAUUGACCAUGGAGGUUGGGAGAGCAUCUUGCGAUGAGGCCCAGCUGGGCAGGACUGUUAGGUUUUUCGCCUGUCGCCAUGAAGUCUUACAAUAAUAUACGUACGAUUCCCUCUUACGAGUCAUUUUGGUAGACCUGCUCAAAUCAACAUUGUGUUAACUUUAUGAUUUGCACCAGCAUAUCUGGUUUCUGGUAGGCUGAAGGAUUGCAAAAUUGCACAUAAAUUCAAGAUAUGUUGUAAGACACAUAUCAUAUCAGAGAGACAAUAUUAUAUGCUAGAACCAGUUUGAUUCAACAUUUCCGCAGUGUUCAUAUCUCUGUAACAAAAUUAUUUUCUGUCCUCUCCGUUACAGCUACAAAAUAUUUUCAAUCGAGUACUGUAUGCAUGGCCAACAUUGUUCUCAUUUUAUCUUAGCUUUUAUGACUGGAGCUGUGUAAUGUGGCUGGCACACAUGCAUCGUAAAAAGAACACCAAUGAAUGAAACUAGUAUAUUGUUUUGUACAUUGCAUUAGUUUUUAAAGGACAUCUUGUAUGAUAAUGAACAUUGAGUCUAACAUAGCCUACUAAAUUUCUUUUGUUGAGGGCUACUCAUUCUUCCACACAGUUGUUCUGUGGCCUUAAAUAUACCUGCAUGGGAGAAUGAGGGCUUACUGUACAUGUGAUAUUGUCAGGCACUGAUGUCACAUCCGUUCUUUAAUUUUGCAUGUUAAC